UAGUCUGGUUAAAGCAUCGGCAAGAGCCGACAGCAGAGCAUGCUUGUAGAAUGGGCUGUUGUUUUAGUAAAGAGUUGUGUCCACGCAAAACCAUUGAAAAGACUGGAUUGUUCAGUACAGCAUCAUGUGAUGACUUGGGACAAAGCCCUCCUUCAGAAAAUGAGGAUUUUCACGCAGAAGAAAAAUCAUCAGGCUUUUUGAAAACUGCCGUUUCCAUCCCAGGAGAUGUGCCUUUCUCCAACUUAAAUUCAGACCUUGGAAGUCAUGGGUGCAAGGGCUCAAGAUAUACAUGUUACAACAGCAUGGAUGAGAGUCAGCCUUCACAGAGAGCAAGCCGAUACAGGUCAGACAACUUUUUAUACCCUUUAAACUGUGCUCCUCAUGUAUUGGCGAAGUAUGACAGUUUGAAAGAGGCAGAAACCAGAGAAGGAUUAAGCUGUGAAAUGCACUCACAACUUGAUUCAGAGGCUUUAAAGGGCCGACACUCACAGGGGCAGGAGACCUGUAAUGGCGUAACCUCUAAUUCUGCUGCUGCAAAAGUUUCACCGGCGGGUUGUGACCAGGGUGCUCCUUUUCACGUGUUGCUGAGUCUAGAGCAGAGCCAGCAGGAAGCUCCCUCCUUAAAAGCACAAGGCUUGGAUGAAAGCCAGACCACAUGGAAGGGUUCAUUAGCAGAACAAGCGAGUGAAGAAAAUGAUGCCACCAACAUCUGUCAGGUCAAAGCUGUAAUAGACCUCCGUAAAACAAAAAAACACAUGGCUGAAAGCCUGCACUUAGCCAGCUCUGCGGAUGAAAGUGAAAAUACAAAUAUUAGGACCAACACGUUUUAUAGCAUUUGUGUGGUUGAUGCUGAUGAUCUGAAACUUGAUGAAGUGCCUGAGUCAUCUACUUCGGCAAAGCAGCCGGAUCCGUCUCCCUCUGAGGGAUCAGAUGGUGUCGUAGAAAGCACCUACAGCCCAGCACACGGUGUAGCCCAGCAAUCAAAUAAACCUCUGGAGCCAGAUUUUGUGCCUCCCACAGUCAGAUCGGAUUUAAACCAUGUUGGCAAUGUGCAUACGUUUUCCAGUGGGGCAGUUUUUUCUGUGAAUUUGCCAGAUUUGCUCACAUUUGAUACUGGAAAACCAGAAUGCGUUGGCGAUGAUUCUACAGAACUCCCUGUAGAUACACGAGCAAAUGAGCGUGAGCUAAACUCAGACCAAGGUGGAUCACAUACAGUUUCUUUCUCCGAUGACGCAAGUGAUGAGAAAUGCUCCAAAGAGCAGAAUUGCAUUGAUCCUUUCCCCAAAGAGAUAAACAAGCUCUCACAACAUGAGUCGGCCCAUUUACUAUAUUCUUUAAAUGAAUCUGUGCAAUGUAGGGGGGUAGAAGAUUCGGAAGGUGGUUGUACAAAGUACGACAUUCAGCCGGACAUUAACACUAUUCAUAAUACACUUUAUUGUACAGAUUCAGGAACAGAUGAGUUGGCCAAUGAUUCGACACGUGUACUAUAUUCUUUAAAUGAAUCUGUGCAAUGUAGGGGGGAAGAAGAUCCAUUAGGUGAUUGUACAAAGUAUGACAUUCAGCCGGACAUUAACACUAUUCACAAUUCACUUUAUUGUACAGAUUCAGGCACAGAUGAGUCUGCCAAUGAUUCAACACUAUAUUCCUUAAAUAAAUCUGUGCAAGGUAGGAUUGAAGAAGAAUCCAAAGAUGGUUGUACAAAGUACGACAUUCAGCCGGCCAUUAACACUAUUCACAAUACACCUUAUUGUACGGAUUUUUGUAAUGGUAUGCAAAUCGAAAACUCUGAAUUUAUCUCGCGCCAAGAGGUGCUCUUCAGCAAUGACCAUCUUCCAGCAUGCACUGAUGAUUUUAUGAGCAACUCUAUUGAUAACUUCUUAUUGGAGUGUAAAUCGAUUGCUCAGUCCCCAAUGGGAGAUGGUCUAACUGAAGCAUGUUCCCUAGAAAAAGUGGAAUGCUUCAAUACAGACCUGGAUAGAAAUCUGGAAGAUCCUGUUCAGCUACACUUCACAGAGGAGCAGUUAUUGUGUAGUGCUGUGUCUGUGGAUGAAAGCAGUGUUGUAUCCAAUUUCCAUUCAGAUUUUUCAAAAGAAACUGUGCAGUGUAGGGGGGAAGAAGUUUCCGAAGAUGGUUGUAUAAAGUACGAUGUUCAGCCGGCCCUUAAAACUAUUCACGAUACACUUAAUUGCACGGAUAUUUGUAAUGCUAUGCAAGGCGAAAGCUCGGAAUCGAUCACGUGCCAAGAGGUGCUCUUCAACAAUGACCAUCUUCCAGCAUGCACUGAUGAUCUUAUGAGCAACUCUAUUGAUAACUUCUUAUUGGACUCUAAAUUGAUUGCACAGUCCCCAAUGGGAGAUGGUCUAACUGAAGCAUGUUCGCUAGAAAAAGAAGUGGAAUGCUUCAAUACAGACCUGGAUAGAAAUCUGGAAGAUCCGGUUCAGCUACACUUUACCGAGGAGCAGUUAUUGUGUAGUGCUGUGUCUGUGGAUGAAAGCAGUGUUGUAUCCAAUUGUUAUUCAGAUUUUUCAAAUGAAACUGUGCAGUGUAGGGGGGAAGAAGAUUCCGAAGAUGGUUGUACAAAGUACGAUGUUCAGCCGGCCAUUAACACUAUUCACGAUACACUUUAUUGUACAGAUUCAGGAACAGAUGAGUCGGCCAGUGAUUUGACCCAUUUACUAUAUUCUUUAAAUGAAUCUGUGCAAUUUAGGGGGGAAGAAGAUUCUGAAGAUGGUUGUACAAAGUAUGACAUUCAGCCGGCCCUUAACACUAUUCACAAUACACUUUAUUACAAGGAUUUUUGUAAUGCUAUGCAAGGCGAAAGUUUGGAAUCGAUCAAGCACCAAGAGGUGCUCUUCAGCAAUGACCAUAUUCCAGCAUGCACUGAAGAUUUUAUUAGCAACUCUGUUGAUAACUUCUUAUUGGAGUCUAAAUUGAUUGCCCAGUCCCCAAUGGGAGAUGGUCUAACUGAAGUAUGUUUGCUGGAAAGAGAAGUGAAAUGCUUAAAUACAGAUCUGGAUAGAAAUCUGGAAGAUCCUGUUGAGCUACACUUUACCGAGGAUCAGUUCUUGUGUAGUGCUGCGUCUGUGGAUGAAAGCAGUGUUGUAUCCAAUUGUCAUUCAGAUUUAACUGAAGGUUUACAGAACAAUAUGUUCACAUUAGAGCCUGACGUCAGGAAUGUAUGUAAAAUGCUUGCUGUCCCAGAAGAGUCACACCCCAUGCCCAGUAACCAUGAAAUUGUUGACGACAACACAGAUCUAAGGAGCUUUCCAACUGAGGAUCCAGAACACUAUGCAUAUAAUAUGGGACCUUUAGGAGCCAACGGGCUACCAGAGGGUUUACCCUGCUUAGAAAUCCAGGGCACUGUUUCUCCAGACCAUAUUAGUGAAGAGACUUUAAUAAGCUGUGAUGUUUCCCGCAUGAGCCAACAUCCAAAUGCCGUGCUGUUGGCUUGUGUUUCCAGUGAUCUGGACAUGAAUCCAGUUAUUAAAGAGGGUACUGCAAAUCUGCCAGCUGAGAUUUCAUGUUCUGAAUUUUUUGACACGGAAGGGAAUGUUCUCUGUGGGGUAAAUUAUUUUGACCUAAAUUCACCUUUUAGAAGUUUUCCGGACAAUGAGGAAAAGCCUACAAUGAAUUGUUUUUGUGAUCAGAUAGAAGAAGCUGGAGAAGAUACAUAUGGGCCCAGUUGUGGUUUGGGUGCCUACUAUACGGGAACUUCUUUGGAAUAUGAGUUCUUGGGCGAAAGCGAGUUAAUUCAACCCAGACCCCCAGUUUCAGAUGAGCAGAUAGAUUGUAGCAUCAAAUAUGAACUUGGACAGUUGGUAACAGAAACCACACAAGACCAUGUGGAUCACAAUCCGAAUGACUUUGAGGCAGAAGACGAUGCUAAUCAGCUAGGUAAGGGUGAUGGACUCUGUACCAACAGGGCAGAUUAUGACCAAAGCCAGGUCGACGAGUAUGUGGCUAUACCUUCUUAUGAGAUUCACAAUAUGGCCCAGGAAGCUCUCUGCACUCUAGAAUGCUCAGAAUCCAAGGAAGAGCCCGCACUACAUCUAAUGCAAGAGCUCCUGGAUGAAUCGCUGGCAACAACACUACCUCUGGAUGACAGUUGCCACUGCACUUUACCUGAUGGCGGUUUUAUUGUGAAUUCUGACUAUCCAAUUGACUUCCUAUGGCAUCAAGCCCUAUUGGCAAACCUAAACGGAAACCAUGGUGACCACUACAGCGACAAGAUUCUCGAGACCACAUCGGAUCUCUCUGCCUCAAAAUAUGCAUUUCAUCUGUUGGUUCCAGAAAGUAACCGCAUCUGGGAAUGGCAAGAAAUGUGUUCCAAUUCUGAAUCAACCAAGGUCUCAGAGUUAAACCCCAAUGCUAAAGUAUGGGGGAAUCCCAUGUUAAAUGUGGAAGCUGGGGGUACUGCUGAUGGAACGGUGGGUCCAUCCUGGGAAGAGAUACCCGAUGAACCCCCAGAUUCUUCCAGAGAAGGCCUGGAAGCCGAUGAUGAGAGUGAGAAGAAAAGUGAAAAUGCAGUGUUAACAGUGUUACAAGAAGUACCCCCAUCCGUUUCUGUAUCAGACAGAACAGACAUGAACACUAUAUCUCUGGGAAACUCCGAAUAUGAAUCUAUGCACGAAACCACCCAUUCAGGAGCAAAUGAUCUGCCACAGCCAGAAGGUCAAGAAGACCUCCGCGAUUUGCUUAAGAAAACACUGGAAUUUUGCUUGUCUCGAGAGAAUCUCGCCAGUGACAUGUACCUAAUAUCACAAAUGGACAGCGAUCAAUAUGUGCCAAUAAUGACUGUAGCGAAUCUUGACCUCGUUAAAAAACUCAGCACCGAUAUGGAUCUAAUCGUUGAUGUGUUACGAUCUUUGCCUCUAGUGCAAGUGGACGAGAAAGGAGAGAAAGUCAGACCAAAUCAGAAUCGGUGCAUUGUGAUUCUACGGGAGGUUCCUGAAUCUACUCCUAUCGAAGAGGUGGAAGCCCUCUUCAAAGGAGAGAAUUUGCCUAAAUUUAUUAACUGUGAGUUUGCCUAUAAUGACAAUUGGUUCAUUACAUUUGAAUCAGAAGCUGAUGCACAACAGGCUUACAGAUACCUCAGAGAAGAGGUAAAAACAUUUCAAGGGAAACCUAUUAAGGCGAGGAUCAAAGCAAAGGCGAUCGCUAUCAAUACAUUUUUGCCAAAGAAUGGUUAUAGACCAGUGGACAUGAACUUGUACACACAGCAGCGCUACACAACGUCCUUCUACAUACCUCCAGUGUACAGCCCCCAACAGCAGUUUCCUCUCUACAGCUUAAUUACACCUCAGACCUGGUCUACUGCACACAGCUACCUGGACCCUUCCUUGGUCACGCCUUUCCCUAAUACCGGAUUCAUCAAUGGGUUUACGUCUCCAACAUUCAAGCCUGCCGCUUCUCCUCUAGCUACUCUUAGACCAUAUACACCAAGGAACAGGAAUCCUGGCAAAUCACAUCUACGACAUACAAUUCCAAGCACAGACCGAGGGCCAGCACUACUUGACGGGCCAACUAUUUUCAACUUUACUACUGACCGCUUAAUUAACGGGGUGCGUAGUGCGCCCACACGGCAACCGGGACAAAACAGAACGCGGAUGCAGAAUGCGUCGACUUUUGUAAAGCGGGAUAUUGGUACGGGCAGGGUGGAGCCCACAAAUAUUGAUCCUUCACUUGGCCUUGGACGAGGGAGGAAAAAUUCUUAUGGCUACAGAAAGAAGAGGGAAGACAAGUUUUCGAGAGGUCCGACACAGUCCCCUCCACCUAUGAAGCCGCCCUCUCCAAGCUUUGAAUUGGGAUUGUCUAGUUUCCCGCCUUUACCCGGUGCCGCUGGUAAUUUAAAACCUGAAGACUUCUUUGAAAACAGAAUGUCUAAUAUGGUGAUCAGUACAUCAAAAGAAAAGAACCUUAAUGUGGAUGCAAGUACAAACACUGUUCCUUCUGGAAUCCCCCGGGAGCCACUGUUGCCUAUUCCUGCUGCACUGCCAGUAACUUUCCAGAGCCCACCAUCCCCAUCACAUUCUCCAGAUGAAUUAAAGAUGGUUGAUGUACAGCAGAGAGAGUCUCCUACUAUAGAAAGGAUUUCUGCCACUCUAACCACUGCUAGCAAAUCCGUUCAAGUCAAUGGAGCUGCUACAGAAUUAAGAAAACCCAGUUAUGCAGAAAUAUGCCAGAGAACAAGCAAGGAUGCAGCACCCACAUUACAGCCUUCAAAGGAUCCCAAGCAAAACUCGACCGUUUGCGUGAAAGAAGAAAAAAAGCUCGCUGACACACCGACGGAAAAGUCGAGGGAGAACCCACCUCCCAAAUCUAACCCAGGGCGGCCCAAAGACCAGAGGAGACUAUCAGGUCGCAGGUCUCCUCCUCCUCCUCCUCUGGCCAUCGGAAAACGUGUGAAUAAGGAACCCGGCAGCCCUCUGAAAUCUCCUUAGUAAGACCAUGGGCAGAAGGAGACCUAAGCAUCACACCUUUAUGGUUGUACCCCACUCAAGUACAAUGAAAUGAGCUGCUGGAUUAGCAUAGGUAGCAACGGGCGGAUGAAAGGCUUCUUUCAUUUCUCUCCCCAUGCCUUGUAAACCCCAAUGAUUCAGGUUACACAAUCACUUGCCAAUAUUCCCUAUCAAUAUCACUUUGGUUGUUUGAGGGCUAGCAUGACGACUGAUAUUCACGCCAUAGACCAAAUAUAUAUAUUUGUUUUGUUCAAUAUAUACAUUUUCUUUCAUUAGUACAUUAAAUUCAGUGUACUGAAAGCUUCAGAAGGAUUUUCUUUUUCUGUUUUUGCCCCAUGCAAAAAAAAUAUUUAGCAAAAAUGUAUCCUUCUGCAUUAUUUUUAUUUUUUUUUUAUUGGUAUUUCUGAAAUUUUGGUUUUGUGAUGGAGUGAAUACCAACCGUCGAUUGUUCCCAAAGAAGUUCCUUUAAUUAAUACAGCUACCAUAACCUAUCCAGCUUCACAUUGUAAGUACAGGGAUGCAAUCAAUUUUCAAAGCACAUUGCUCUCAAUUCAGAGAAGAGAGUGCUAGCACUGACGGCUGUAGUUCUCUUGCAAAUUUCCAUGUUUUCCUUCAAAAAAAAAAAAAAAAAAAAAACCACAGAAAAAAAACCCCAUAGGUCAUUUUUUUUUUUUUUUUUUGGAAUCCAGUGGCAGCUGUGUACCUGUACAUUGGCGGCUUACACCUCCCGAAUUGCUGACACACCAGCAUUUGGAUUCACAAAACACGUGUGAUAAUGUUUAGAGGGUUCCUUCAUCUAAGUGGGGUGGGGGUAGGAAUGCCUGUCGACCCCGCCCCCACCCGGGGCAGGGUUACGGUUUUUAUUACAAGACGUAUUCAAUUUAAAAAAAAAAAAAAAAUUCUGAAGGACAAGGAUGCACUAAAUUUAGCACGUUUCUAAUAAAGAAGAAUAUAAAUUAUUUUAGUUUUUGAAAUGUGUUAAGAAAAAAAAAAAAAGUAUUCGGGGGAAAAGCGGGGCGGAUGUUUUCCCGCUACAGUUUAUUCCACACAUUUGUUUAUUUAACCUGAUAACCUACCGCCGCAUCUACUUCGGGUAGUCCAUAAGGUUAGAAAACUGUUAUGAUUUUUUUUUUUUUUUUGGUUUUCUUUUAUGAAAAAAGAAAUAUUUCCAUCCAAUAUUUAAAGACUUGAAUUUUAUUUAAACUUGAAAAAAAAAUAAUGACUUUGCCUUAACUUUUGUAUAAGACAGCUUAGGUUUAAUUAAGUCUGACCCCCUUAAGGGUUAGCAUGAGUGAAAUACAAACUUACUUGGUUUCAGUGUAUAUCUGUCACGGCUGACCCGAGUAAUAACACUGUUGUACAGGAACUAGCAACAGUUUGUUUUUUGUAAAAUACCUUCACCUUUUUUUUUUUUUUUUUGUCUGUUUUUUUUUUUUCUCCCCCUUUUCAGAUUGUUAAAAUGUAAAUGCAAAUAGUCGAUACUGUAUUAAAUAUGUGCACUUGAAAGUGUGUGCUUUGCUUGUACAGUUGUAAAUAAUCAGAACAUAUAAAGAGGAAAAAAAAAAAAAAGGUACCUUAUGGGGAAAAAAAUGCUAAAAAAUUAUUGUUGAUAUAUUCUAAAUGUUGCUGUUGAGCUGGAUGUAGAUAAAACUCAAUGUUGUGGUUUGAAUAUUCAUUUUUUUCUUUACUUUUUUUUUUGUUUUUUUAAUCUUUGUGUGUGGAGCUGACUCGCCUGUUCACUGCAAAAAAAAAAAGGGAGAUU